GAAUGAAGAGGAAGCCACCUUGUGGCUUGGAACUUGGUUCAGGAAACCUCAUUAUGAACGUGGUGGAGCUCGCGCAUACGGCUUGAACCAGUGUGCCAUCCGUAGCUCUGAGAGUGUCGUGAGGAACGGUGGCAAGAUGGCGUCGGAGCCGGAUAAGACUGAAAUUCUAACAAUUUUCAAACGACUCAGAUCAAUUCCGACAAAUAAGUCCUGUUUUGAUUGUGCUGCUAAGAAUCCAAGUUGGGCCAGUAUAACCUAUGGCGUAUUCUUGUGUAUUGACUGCUCUGGGAUCCACCGCUCAUUGGGAGUGCAUCUCAGUUUUAUCAGAUCCACAGAGCUGGAUUCUAAUUGGAGUUGGUUUCAGUUGAGAGGUAUGCAGAUUGGAGGCAAUGCAAAUGCGGCUGCCUUUUUCCGGCAACAUGGGUGCACAACUAAAGACACAAAUGCCAAGUACAACAGCAAAGCUGCACAAAUGUACCGUGAGAAGAUCAGGCAGCUAGCAAACACUGCACUCUCAAAGUAUGGAACUGAUCUAUGGAUUGACAGUCCAGGUGGUACACAAGUGGAAAGUCCUGAAAAUAAAGACGCUGAUUUCUUUGCAGAACACACUCAGCCUUCCAGCAGCUGGGAUAUGGCUUCUGCAUUAACAGAUCAGAAUUCUGCAGGGAGCCUGCUGGUUACAGAAGAACCCCCAAAACAGGAAGAAAGCUUGAACAAUCAACCUGAACAAGGUCCCAGCAUUGAAGGCCUUAGCACAUCUGCCAAAGCAACAAUUGAGGAUUCGAUGCGUUUGGCAUCAGAUGAACCUCUGCCUUCUAAAGAAGUGAAGCCUUUGAUCAUUGGAAAGAAAAAGCCUGUUGCAGCAAAAAAAGGGCUGGGUGCUAAAAAAGGACUGGGUGCUCAGAAAGUAAGCAGCCAGAGCUUCAGCGAGACAGAACGACAGGCACAGGUAGCAGAGAAGCUGAGAGAGCAGCAGGCCAGCGAGACCAAGAAGCAGGCUGAAGAGUCAAUUGUUGCUUCAAUGCGUCUAGCCUACCAAGAGCUUCAGAUUGACAGGAAAAAGGAAGAUAAAAAAAUCCAGAGUCUGGAUGGAAAAAAAAGAGAACAGGCUGAGAGGCUUGGAAUGGGAUUUGGAACCAGAAGUGCGGUGUCUCAUUCGGUGCUGUCAGAGAUGCAAGUAAUUGAGCAGGAGACCCCAGUUGCAGCCAAAUCCACUCGCUCUAAGCUGGAUAUGUUUGAUGAACCAGGAUUUACAGCUGGACCUCCAAAGUAUAAGGAUAACCCAUUCUCUUCAGGGGAUGACUUUGGUUCACGAUGGGAUUCUGAUUCUACCUCCCCUUUCUCCUCUUGGGGUCUCGACAAGGAAGAGCCAAAGGAGGCUGAAGUCACUAUUUCUAGUAUUCAGCCAAUUGGGGAAAGGCUGCCAAGCAGACGAAAGCCAGACAGCAAUGUAACCGUUGUGGAGUCGAGCGAGGCACGUCAGAAGUUUGCCAACGCUAAAGCCAUCUCAUCUGACAUGUUCUUUGGGAGAGAGAGUGAUGCAGAGUACGAGGCAAAGACUAGGUUGGAGAGGUUGUCUGGAAAUUCUUCCAUUAGUUCUGCAGAUCUGUUUGGGGAUGGGAGCGAUGGGUCUUCUGCAGGGGCUUCAUCUUAUGAUAGCGUGCUUCCAACUGGCCCUGAUAUUGCCCAGUUUAAACAAGGUGUGAAGACAGUUGCAGGAAAAAUGGCAGUACUUGCUAAUGGGGUGAUGAAUACAAUUCAGGAUCGUUACAGCUCUUACUGAGACUUCAGAAUCUGAACAUAGAGAAGAACCAGACACAUUGUUCAUCUGUUUGUUUUUUUUUGUUUUAUCCGUAUUGUUUUAAACCUGGCUGAUGGUUGUAUGUUUGUUUGUUUUAAGAAAAUAUUUUUUAACUUGACAGGGAAACUAUAGCUGCUGAAAAAUUAUUUAUUAAAAAAAAAAUUCUUAAGUUUGAGGUCUCAGUUGAAUUGGGUUACUUCUAUUCACUGAUGUUGACAAAUGCCUUUUGUGUGUAAUUUACAAAAAUGUAAAGAUGCCUAAAUCAUAAAGUUGAGAUGAGUAUUUGUCCUAGGAUUCAGUUUUUUCCUCAUCAAAAAUACUGUGAUAACCCUCUCACUGCCCAAACAGGGACUGUAACUAUUUAAAUUUCUACCAUAUUUAUCUGCUAUGAAAAUAGUGUUAAGGUUUUUGUUUUUAAAUCCUAAUGAUUUGAAAUGAGAUUCUAAAAAGGCUUUUUUAAAAUCAUGGUUAUUUUUAUAACAGUUCUGUACAAUAGUGCAAUUUGGUUGCUGUACUAUUAAGGAGUAGUUUAGUCUAGUAAUUAAAUAACCAUUGAGUGUGAAAGUUUAUAUAUAAUUUUUUUUUUUUUUUUUUAAAUAAACUGUUUUUGGUUACUUUUAUCAAUGUAAUAUUAUCCUUAAACCAACAAACAGCCCGUAUGCAUUAAUUAAUUUAUAACUGGUUCGUAAUAUAAAAAAAUAUUCUGGUUGGAGCACAGUCAAGGCCCACACAGAUUUUAGUUUAACCUUUUUUGCUAUCCUGUAUACCCCUUCAGUUGAAGUUGGUUUCAUGUCUAUUCCAUGAUACAAAACCAGGCACCUUUUGUCGGUGCAGAAUUGACAGAAGGGAAAUCCUGGAAUCCUUCAAACAAAAGCAACGUUCACAAUGAUAGACGGUCUCUAAUAAAUCAACUAACAUCGCAGUGGUGACCAGGAAAGGUAAAAUAUCUUGGAGUGUUGACAGGAGCAAAAUGUAGUUUAACAGGGCAGGAUUUAAUUUUUACUUUUGCUGCUAAAAUUUGGAGGAACCCGCUCCUAUAUGACAUGCGAGUCCUGUUGAAUUAUUCUGCAAGACCUUUUAACAGCACUGCUUUUUAGAGAGAUACAAGUUACUUAAAGAACUUGCACUGGAUUGCCAAAGAUGAGGCUGUAAUUCCUUUUAUAGGUUAAAAAUCAUACCUUUUUAAUGCUGUGCUAUUUGCUGUGCUUGUCCCAUGGCAUUCAAGGUAAGAUUUAGCUUAAUGUUUAGGCUUUUAUGCCCUUAAUUUUGGAACAGAAUAGUUUACUGUGUGUGUUCUCAAACACACAAACUAAUCAGAUACUUAUACCCUGUUGAGUUUGUGUCAGGAACUUGAAAAUAUAUAAUGCCUUGGUUGAAAAGCGAUUUGUCACUGUGAGUGUGUUAUAUCCUUCAUAGAAUACCUGAACAUUGGCAAAAAGUGUCGUAAACACCAAAGUCCUAAACUGGAUACCCCUUUAUUCUCACAGUUGUGUCUCAGCUAUCGUGUCUCUCCUGUUCCAUCAUCUAUAUGCAAUACAGUAUUUCAAUCGUUUGGGUUUACAUGUGCUCCCAGUCCCGAAGGGCUAAAGACUUUUGAAGUGAUGUUUUUCUAUCACUUGUCAUUUUGUAAAUAUUCUAAAGUGUUGAUUCAGGAUCUUGCAUCAUGCUGUUUUAACAGUUAGCCAGUUCUGACUUUGAAAAACCAAGCAUGUUUUUUGAGUGUUUUCCCAGUUACACAAGUUAAAUAGUGAAAACCUUCUGAGUGGAAAAGCUGAGGGUGCCAAAUGAAAUGCUGAGAACUUUAUGGAACCAUUAGACUGCCUGAUGACAUGGAACAAUUGGACUGGCAGCGUGAAAUACAUUUAGUAGUAAAUCCUUUCUGUUUACCACCCUCGUAACAUUUCACAAUGUGAUAAGAGCUUUAACUUGUGUAUUAUCAAAAGUAGGAUCUUUAUAUAUUCCCUUGUCCUGGAAAUUAUAUACAUUUUGUUUUUUAAUUAAGUAUUACAGCCUUCCAUUCUUUCUUGCCAAGGAAUGGAGAGAUUUAAUUGUGUUAAUAUAUUUGCCACUUUGCAAUGACAGCUUCCUUCCUUGGGGACAGUACAUAACUAUGUUUUAUCUGUACUUUGUAGUGAUGGUAAUAUUGUCCUGCCUGACACUGACCCAGUGUGAUUUAAAAAAUAAAUAAAUAAAAAAUAAGAACAAACAUCUUUUCUCCCAAACAUGCAUAUGUUGUAGGUGACAUGUAAACCAUUGCUUAAUUAAGUGUUAAUAAAAAUGUAACUGUU